GUUAAUGACAAACAGUCAGCACAACACAUUAAAUUUUAAGUCUUUGGCGCAAUCACAGAAGUAGGUACCUACAAUGGAGGGUAGCAAUGUCGUGGACUGCGGCGUCGGCAGCUGCGUGUGCGGCCACCGGCCGACGCUGGGCGUGCUCAAGGACGUGCAGAAGGCGUACGAGGACCGGAUGGACAUGAUCACCAGGUCUGGCGGCGCCAAUAAGUUACAGAUGCAGGUGGAAGUUCUGCAGUCUUGGGUCAGCGACCUGGUAAGCCAGAACACGCUCCUCUCGCGCACUGUCGAAGAUUUGGAGACAGAGGUCACGUCUCGUCUACUGCUGGAGCGACGCAAACAUUCCGAGAAAGAGAAGAAUAAAAAGAUAGGCGGGAAGGUCAACGAGAUGAAGAUGCUGACUGAAUCGCUCAAGUUAGAAAAUGCCAGUAAAGACAGGGAGAUAAGAAGAUUAAAUAAAGACGUACAACAAUAUGAGCAGACAAUAAUGACACUUAGAAAGGACUUAUCGAGCAGCACAUACCAUACACCGGAUGUCUCAAAAAAGGAUGCUGAGGUCAUGGCCGAUAUCUGCUGUUCGGGCACGAAAGAGUGUCGCGACUCGGAGCCGGUCAAAGAAUACGGCGCUCUAGUGCGCAAUGGCUCAGAGGUCUACCGGGAGCCGCAGUAUCAGAUGAACAUGAGCAUCAAGCCCAGCAACGAAAAUGUCCGCUCGCUACGUCAAGUGAACGUGGCUCUAAGAGAGGAAGUCCAAGCGAUGCAGCGAGUGUGCGCAGCCCUGGACGAGCAAUGCCACGUGGCAGCACUGCGAACGCAGUUCAAGGACGAGAUCAUUCAUGAGAUGAGACAACAACUGAGGAAGGCUAAAGCUAAACUAAAAGAAGUAAACGAGUCGAAUAGCGUUAAACUCCAAAAAGAAAGAGAUAACGAGAACGAGCGUAAAGCAUCGGGAUCCUUUGAAUCCCUCACCAUAUCCUGCGUGCAGCAACAGCCAAGGAGGAAGCGUAGAGUGCGCCCUGAAAUUGACAUGACCAGUAUUCUUGGAUUGGUAACUUCUACACCAAAUUUGAGUCAAGAACGGAUGCUAUUGGACGAAAGCGAAGUGUCCAUUGUGGAACAACCGCCUUCGCCGCCACUUCUCUUAACGGAUAGCUCGAUAAAUGAAACUAACCAUGAGUGUAAAUCUCGUUCAAUAUCACAUCAUCGGACAAAUAGAGAAACUCAAAAUAUUAAUAAACUUCUUGAUAAAGGAAUAGAAAAUAAAACAGAGAAAGAUAAUAGAAGGAAACUCAUGAGUAAAGUUAAAGAAAGUGAUAAUGCUAGUAGUAAAUCAAUUCUUAUAUUAAUUGAAGCAGAAGAAUGCGAUUGUGAUGAAAUUAAAGUGCAAAAUUUAACUUCAACACGUCGUAAUACAGAAGCGUCGAUUGAAAAUAUAUCUGAUAAAGAAAAAAAAUGCCUUGAGAAAAUCGGAUCAAAGUCUAAUACAGAAGCAUUGUCAGCUGAUGGAAUAUCAAAUCUUAAUAGGAGUGGACCGAGGGCAGCAAAAUUUCGUCCGGUCUCACUUGCGCAGUUGAUGGCAAGGCAACCCUUGGAUAAUAAUGAAAGCGGUUUCGAAAAAAAAGAAAUGAGAAAAAAUUUCACAGUUGAGAAGAAAUUAAAGGAAAUCAAGCGUUUUAAUGAUACCUACACGAGCACCAGUCCUAGACUUAAUUCCAUCCAGAGUUCGGAGUUCGUCGCUCCACCUAAGGGAAGAGCGCCCGAGAGGCCGUUUUGCGGGACACGGUCUCCACUCCAGGACCUUUCGACUCCCCAAGAAAGCUUAGGAGCGCUCAGUGCGGCGGACAGCAGUGCGAGCGAAGCGGCGCGGGCGCACUCGCUCGAGAACAAACUACACUCCACUAUGCAGAUAUUGAAGAAUAAGGAGGAGACAGUGCGAGUGCAGGCGGAGAGCCUCGCGCUAGCGGAAGCGCGAAUCGCGGCGCUCACGGCCAAGGCGCAGCAAACGCACAAACUGCACCAGGCGCAACAAACUCCUUUGUACAGUACUCGCAGCGCUUCCGCGGGCCGCCACGUCGAGGUGACCGAUGUAUCUUCCGCCGCCGACUUGCAGGACGUGGACGACAAAAUCGUGAUGACCCUGCGAGACAAUUUGUCUGUGAUAGAAGAACUGUAUCGAGAAUGUUUUUACGAAUCGGCAAAACAAGAGGAGCUCAUAACAAUGCUGCGACGGUCCUACCUGGACAUGCGUCUGGUGGAGCGCCAGAAGGUGGAACAGAUCGGCCGCCUACAACAUGUCGUGCACUCGCAGCGGUGUUCUCUCGCACGGUGUCAGGAUAUUGCUACGGAAGUGGAGAGUUUGAAAAUGGAAAUAACGAAUUUUUUGAACAGUUCGCAAAGCACUGACUCGGGCGUGUGGGAGCGCGAGGAGUGCGCGGGCGACGCGGCCGACGACCUGCGCGGAAUCGCCGACCAGCUGCGGCGGCUGAGGGACAUGCUCAAUACAGACUGCACCUGUGGAUUGGAAGAAGAGAAUAUGAAGCUCAAGAGAAUCAACGAUACAAUGGAGAUUAAAAUAGGUGAGCUGCGCCAAAGGAUUAAUGACUUGGAAGAAGAUUUAGAAAACAAGGAGAACAUAGACCAGCGAUACCAAGCGCAAAUUCAAGACAAGGAACAUGAGCUCCAACAAGUACGGGUCCAACUGCUGGCGCUAGAAGAAGGGUCGCGAGAGCAGCGCGGCGCGUGUGACGCGCUCAACUGCAAGCUGAAGCAGAUGGAAGUUCUUCUGAGAGACAAGUCUUCGGAGUUGUCGACCGUGCAGCAACAGUGCGAAGCGCAAGAAGUUACCAUCAAAGAGCUCCGCGAAGAAAUCAAUAGAGUGGAUUUGGUGGCUCAAGAACGCGGCCAGGUGCGCGGCGAGGUGGCGAGCCUGUCCGCGCGGGUGGCGCGGUGGCGCGGCCAGCUGGCGGGCUCGCGGCGCCGGCUGCGCGCGCUCGGGGCCGAGCUGCAGCGCGCGCGGGAGCAGUGCCGACACCUCGCCGCGCAUUGCAGGGAGAAGACUCAGGUGGCUGCAGAGUUGCAGAGUCAAUUGGAGGAGGCGCAAAGCCGCGGCGCCGAGCUGUGCGGAGACGCGCGGCGAGCCGUCUGCGGCGUGAGGCACUGGCUUCGGAAGCAGAGAAAGAAGAAUACGGAGCUAGAAGAAAAAAUUAAACAGCAGGAGAUAAUAAUACAAACAUUACAACAACAAGGCGCGACUCAGUGCGCUGAUCGCACCAUCACCAGAGAAGUCGAACCUUGUUGCUCUCGGUACCUGCCGCGCGUGGGAUCGAAACGCAGCGAGCGCAGUCUCGCGAGCGCGAGGAAGACGGGCUGUUCCAAGUGUGCUUCCAAUAGAGUGGACGCUAAGACGAGUGGGAGCGAGAUAGCAAGCAGUUCCGCGCCCCCCACGCCGCCGAGACGGUUGUUGAGGAAGAAACCUUUCUGUGAAGAUACCCACUGCCAAUGGCCGGCUACGCACGAGUGCUCCGCGCAACGGCCCUCGAGCAGCGACGUUAGCGUAAACGCUCGCCUUUCGCACGACCUGCUGACUUCCUACACGGCUACGCCCACCCGAGCGAUGUUGCAGCCCGACGAGCUGCUGGAGCGGGUGGAGCGCGCGCACGAGGCGCUGGCGGACGCGCACCGGCGCUGGGCGCGCGGCCGGGCGCGCGGGCCAGGGGGGGCGGCUGAUAGCUUCUAGAUCUUUCCACUAGCUUUAGAACAAGAUAUGCUCGAGGAGUUGUACACUCUUAUAGUGCGUCUGCUACAUGAAUAAGGAUCGGCCCUGAGAUACUAUAGAAAUAUUAAAUUCCAGGGAUCAAGUAGUCAGGGUGAAGUAUAAUGUAAGCAUUUGUGAAUGUCAAUACUUGUACAUAUUUAGAUUCUAUUUCAUUUAGUUUUUG